AUGAGUUCCCAGGGCUGGACUCCUGGAAGUCUCUUGGGAGCCAAAGAUGCCGCACAUGCCAACUUGUUGACCGCCGCCAGUGCUUCCCACAUCAAAGUUACCCUCAAGGACGAUACUCUCGGAUUGGGCGCUCGUUUAGGACGACAGGGCGAACAGACCGGCCUGGACGCUUUCAAGGGCCUUCUUGGUCGACUCAACGGCAAGAGUGAUGAGGAGUUGAAGAAGGAUGAGCGUAAACUCGAAGAUGUCCGAUUGGCUCGAUAUGCCUCCUUGAAAUUCCCCGAAGUCAGAUUUGUCCGCGCCGGGUUAUUGGAACAUGAAAAAGAGCCCGUUUCUACUCUGGUCCCCAAGGAAGAAACCACAAAGAAAUCCAAGUCGAACGAGAAGAAGCGCUCACAGCCUGGCGAUGAUGAGACAUCUUCGAGCGAAUCAGAUACCCCGGCCCGCAAGUCGAAGAAAACAAAGUCGAAGUCUAAAUCUAAGUCCAAGAAAUCAAGAUCCCGAGAGGAAACAGACUCGGAAUCAAGCUCGGAAUCGAAGAAGAAGAAGAAAUCCAAGAAGAGAAAGGCCGAAUCCGAGGAUGCUGAUAAGGCUGCUGAAGUCAAGAAACCCGCAGUUUCUAGGGAGCGGCAGCCAAUGGGUCGGCAGGUUCUUCGUGCACGUCACAUUGCCCAGAAAAAGAGAGCCAUGUUGGAUGACAAGUCCCUUAACGAGCGACGCCUACAGACAUUCAUUGUGCUCUGUCAUACCUUGACCAUCGCUAUCUUCCUGACGGCUUUCUUUUUCACAUGUGCCAUUCCGAUUUUCUGGCCACUUUUGGUCCCAUAUCUUGUCUAUAUCUCUCUGUUCUCUACUGCCGCCACAUCCGGGGAUCUCAAAGGUCGCAGUCCAUUCCUGCGCUCCCUUCCUAUCUGGAAAGUGUAUGCAUCUUAUUUCCCCGCUAGCCUUCACCGCGAGGAGACGCUUCCACCUACAAAAAAGUAUAUCUUUGGCUAUCACCCCCAUGGUAUCAUCUCCCAUGGCGCGUUUGCUGCGUUUGGAACAGAGGCCUUAGGGUUCUCCAAGCUGUUCCCUGGAAUCACCAACACAUUGUUGACACUGGACGCGAACUUCCGCAUUCCUUUCUAUCGCGAAUAUGCACUUGCCAUGGGAGUUGCUAGUGUGUCACGAGAAUCCUGCGAGAACAUCUUGACCAAAGGAGGCAGCGACGGAGAGGGCAUGGGGCGAGCCAUCACAAUUGUUGUGGGAGGUGCUCGGGAAUCCCUAAACGCUCAGCCUAAUACCCUGCGUCUGGUACUGAAGCGUCGAAAGGGCUUCGUCAAGCUUGCUAUCCGAACAGGGGCUGACCUGGUCCCUGUGCUGGCUUUCGGUGAGAAUGAACUCUACGAUCAAGUCGACUCGGAUCAGCACCCGUAUAUCCACAAGUUUCAGAUGUUCAUUAAGAAGACCAUGGGAUUUACUGUCCCAUUGUUCCAUGCACGAGGUGUUUUCAACUACGACGUUGGUUUGAUGCCCUACCGCCACCCCCUUAACAUUGUGGUCGGGCGGCCCAUCCCGGUUAUGCAGCAGCAGAACCGGGACAAGAUCGAUGAUCAGUACAUCGAUGAACUCCAUUCUCGAUAUGUGGAAGAACUGCUGCGAUUAUGGGAUCAAUGGAAGGAUGUUUAUGCCAAGGAUAGAGAAGGCGAGUUGGAGAUUAUUUCUUGA